UCCUGCAUCCCGCAUCCCCCCCGCAUCCCCCCCGCAUCCCCCCGCAUCCCUCCCGCAUCCUCCAUCCCUGCCGCCGGGCAUGGUUUGGCCCCUGGGGGGGGUGCCCGGCUCCCCCCCGCCCCCGGCCCCGCUGGAGGAGAGCGCAUGGAGCGGGGGCGGCAGCGGGCGGGGAGGCCGCCGCCAGCAGGUGGAGCUUUCUUGCCCUGGGACCGAAAUGAAGGGGGCUGUGCUAGGCACAGGGCCCCAGCUGGCAUCGCGGGGCCGGAGACGCGCCCGGGGGCUCCUCACUCCUCACCCGGAGAGCCGACAGCGCCGCUGCCCCUAGAGAUGCUGCCCCCAGCCACCGAGCAGGGCUGCACCCACUGAUCGGUCCCAAACCAGCCCCUACACCCCAUGAUCUCCCCCGCUGCCACAUCCCGGGGGGCUCAGCCAGGAGGGGAAUAAAACGGAGCCCCCCAUCAGCGCGCCCCUUUGGAUACCCCGCGGCGAAGGAGAGCAGGCUCCCUGGCUCCCGCCCCGGGGAGGGAUGAAGACGCCAUGGCCAAAUUCCUGGUGAAAUUCCAGCGGUAUUUUCGGCGGAGACCCGUGCGCUUCUUCACCCUGCUGGCCCUCUACCUGGCGGCCGGCAGCUUGGUUUUCCUGCACGCCGGCUUCACGGGGGAGCCCCGGGUGGCGGGCAGCCCCCGCGGCCCCGCGGCGGGCGAGGGUCAGGAGCUGCCCUACCUGGGGGUGAUGCAGCUGAGCCGCGGCUUCCCGGGGGCUGCGGGGGGCCGGCGGCGGGGCCCCUGGUUCAAAAGCACCGCCAAGGAGCCGGCCGAGAGGAGCAAAGUGGGCGACUACGGCGCGGCACGGAGCCGGCUGCUCAAGGGCAGGAGUGGCCGUGAGAAGGACGAGGACAGAGCCAAAUACAUCGGCUGCUACGUGGACAGCACGCGGCGGCGGACGCUCCGUGGCGUGUCCUUCCUGGACUACAAGAAGAUGACCGUGUUCCGCUGCCAGGACAACUGCGCCGAGCGGGGCUACCUCUACGCGGGGCUGGAGUUCGGCGCCGAGUGCUACUGCGGCCACAAGGUGCAGGCGCCCAACGCCAGCGAGCCCGAGUGCAAUAUGCCCUGCAAGGGCGAGCGCGCCAGCACCUGCGGGGGGGCCAACCGCCUCUCCAUCUACCGCCUGGAGCUGGCCCAGGAGUCCGCCCGCCGCCAUGGCAGCGCGGUGUUUCGGGGCUGUUUCCGCCGGCCAGACAACGUCUCCAUCGCCCUGCCCGCCAGCCAGCCCAUGCCCAACAUGUCCGUGGAUAAAUGUGUGGAUUUCUGCACCGAGAAGGAAUACCCGCUGUCGGCGCUGGCCGGCACCGCCUGCCUCUGCGGCUUCCCCACCACGCUCUUCACCCUGCACGAGCGCGAGGACGAGCAGCUCUGCGCCCAGAGGUGCCCUGGAGAGGAGUUCGAGAGCUGCGGCACCCCCGAGUUCCUGCUGGUUUACCAGACCCAGGUGCAAGACAACCGCUGCAUGGACAGGAGGUUCCUGCCCACCCGCUCCAAGCAGCUCGUGGCCCUGGCCAGCUUCCCCGGGGCCGGCAACACGUGGGCACGGCACCUGAUCGAGCUCGCCACCGGCUUCUACACCGGCAGCUACUACUUCGACGGAUCGCUCUACAACAAGGGGUUCAAGGGCGAGCGGGACCACUGGCGCAGCGGGAGGACCAUCUGCAUCAAGACCCACGAGAGCGGCCAGAAGGAGAUCGAGUCCUUCGACUCGGCCAUCCUGCUGAUCCGCAACCCCUACAAGGCGCUGAUGGCCGAGUUCAACCGCAAGUACGGGGGGCACAUCGGCUUCGCCGCGCACGCCCACUGGAAGGGCAAAGAGUGGCCGGAAUUCGUGGCCAACUACGCGCCGUGGUGGGCCACCCACACCCUGGACUGGCUGCGCUACGGCAGGAAGGUGCUGGUGGUGCACUUCGAGGACCUGAAGCGCGACCUCUUCGCCCAGCUGAAGCGCAUGGUGGGGCUGCUGGGCAUCGCCGCCUGCGAGGACAGGCUGCUCUGCGUCGAGGGCCAGAAGGACGGCAACUUCAAGCGCUCGGGCUUGAGGAAGCUGGAGUACGACCCCUACACGCCCGAGAUGAGGAAGAUGAUCAGCGGCUACAUCAAGACGGUGGACGCGGCUCUGAAGCUCCGGAACCUGUCGGGGGUCCCGGAGGAUUACUACCCGAGGUGAUGGCACCGACCCGGGUUGGGGGGAUCUGUCCCUGCCUGGAGAGGAAAGUUUCCUUUUCCUCUGCCUGCUUCCACCCAGUGGGUGGCUUUCUUUUAAUUCUCCAUCUGCUGCUGCUAGCUGUUAAUCAACCCCCUGCAUGAGAAACGAACGCUCCCCAGCCAUCGCUGAGCUUGCUUGGCCGACACCUCCACGGAGCUGGGAACCCAGGGGCUGCACGGCGCCCUCCCCACCACGACUGGUCCCCGUCCCCACCGCGCAGGUGUCCCCUGCCGUGCCAGACAUCGGUCAGGACACUGAGGAGCGGGGAAAUGUGGGCAGCGUGGGGCCGAGCAGCUCCGUCCUGCCCCCACGCCGGCUGCUGCAGCACCUUUAGCAAGGCAACCGGUUCUUUGCGCAUGUCCCGGGGUCACUGCGUGGAUCCUGCACUGCUUGUGCCGUGCCCAAAGUGUCCCUGCGGUGCCUGCUGGCUCUGGGGGCUGUCCCCACGCUCCUUGGAAACCCCUGGAAGGCUCCUGCUGGUGGGGAUGGGGCUGAUCCCAACUGAGGAGGAACGUCCCGCUGGCAGGGGACUUGGCACCACGGGACACGGAGGGGUGCAGCGGGGUGAGGUGGCCGUGUCCCCUGCUGGGCACCAUCCCUGGGCUCUGCAGGGACCCUCCCUGUGCCCUCCCCAGCCAUGGGCACACGUCUGCAGUGCUGGAGAUGGGGACGCUGACCCAGGACAGAGGAGCUGCGAGCCCCCACACAAGCACCUUUUCCUCGUUCCAGAAGCUCCCCGAGGCAGAAGAGCCCCCAGGAAGGUGUUUGGGGGACGGGGAGCGGAUGGGCACGGGGGGGGACUUGUUGUGCUGGGGGUCUGGGUGCGACCUGGAGCAGGUCCAAGCUGUGACCAUGGGCACGACGGAGACCGAGGUGAGCGGGUGGCACGGACCUGGGCACGGGGUGAGCCCUCCUGUCCUUGGGGAGGGAGGAAACCAAAGGAGCUCUGUGCACACCCACAGGAUGCCAUCUGCAAAUCUGGCUCCGUGCAGGGCUGCGUGUGGCCGUGGCCCCUGCCCAGGCUUCGCCCCACACAGGCGCCUGCCCUCCUCCCAGCCCCGAGUCCCUGCGGGUGUAGGUGCAAAAGCCAUAUCUUGUGCGCAGCCUUUUCUACAGUUAGGUCCUUAAGGAUUGGCUUGGAACUCUUGAUCUUGAUCGAAACACGUGCACAGGCCGAAAUCUAGAGACACCUAUCGAGCUAUAUUCCAAGAGAGAGAAGAAAACUCCGCUGGCAAAAGGAGAAUUUCGAUAAAUUAUAUUUUUCUAACGCGCGUGCGGAGCUGACGCCGCCUAAGGGGGGCAGGACGGGGUGCCGGGGCUGCGGGGACCCCCCCCUUGGCUCCACAGUUUUCGGGUCUCUGGGCAAAGGGAGCCGCUCGCCCCCGAAUGUAUUUUUGUAAGGAGCGUGCUGGUUUUACCUCGUCCUUUGCUGGAGGUCUCCAGGAGCCCGGGUGCGCCCGUCCCGGCAGCGGGCACCAACCCGACCUCGCGCUCCUUGGUCCGCGGCGGCCGCGGGGCUGCCUACCUCUGUCCGAACAAAUCCUCAGGUCAACCCGGCUAUUAAAGGAGUUUUGUUGCUA